GGCUGAAAAUAAAUACUGUCCCAGUCAGUCACUAAUCUGUAUGAUUUCGCUUUGUAAUAUCUUGAUACAGAUGUAUUUUAAAUGAUAAAAAAGUUACACUUACAGUUGUAAAAGUUGCCGCCUCUGAUGUUAACGUCCGCCAUGUUUGUUUUUCUUUUGCACUCUCGCCGUCUCGUGUUGGAGUAUGGGAAAUGGUGCGUUAGCGAGUGUACAUGAGGUGUACACUCUAAAUCAGACUGCGUUGUGGGUAUGAAUGAGCGAACGAAUGUAGGGAAUGAAGUCGUUCACUCAGUUCGGACAUCGCUACAAAAUGGCCGACACCCGAUAUAGUACACUAUAUAGGAGAUAGGGAGCAGUUUCAGACACAGCACUAGAGAAUAAAUUAAAAGGAAUCCUCGUCUUUAGUUUUGACAAUAGCUCGUCACUUCUAGCAUUCUGUACUAGUCAUGUGUUCGACCGAUGAAAUGCUCUCGAAUACAUUUAUAUCCCACCCCCGGGGACGGGUCUUACUCUACAGUAGCAGCCUGUUGGCAGCGAUUAUGGGUCAUCGUUGCUUUUCUGGCUUUAUCUUCCUUACACGUUAUUGCUUUUUCCAACUAUUGCUUGGUUGAGAAUAAACGGUUGAAGUUUAUGCAUUUUGAAGAGGGUGGAAUUUGUAUGAGUUAAUGGUUAUCUGACUUGGGGCUGUUCAGUGGCAGAAUGUGUUUCUACUUCAGAUUGACUAAGAACACAAUUCUGACUUAUACAAUAUUAUGGCUUCUCAAUGGUGACCUUGUGGUUGUCAGUCACCAUUGGCACCACUGUAUGGCAUGAUUCCAAAACACAUGGCAUUUCACUGUCCAGGAUAUUGUCCUUAAAGUUGAUGGUCAACGUUUCAACCUCCACAGUUGAAAAAACGCUUUCAUUAAACCCGUCCCUGUUCCAUUUGUAUCUAGUUCGCUAUCAUGUUUGUUUAAAUUUUCGGGGAUGUGGUGUAUCUCAAACGUUUAUUGAUCUGUUGGUUAAAUCAGUGAAUCACUUCAGCAUGCUAUCACUUGGUUGGACAUAUUUCUGUUAAGUAAUGUUGCAGGAGAACGUCUGUAAUAAGUAUGAUCGAUUUCACACAGGAUAAAUGAUCUGUGUAUAAACCACAAGGAUCAUCAAUUUUAAGCUGCAACUGUCCUGCCUCUAAGCACAAUGCCUUAUGGAACUUUUCCUCUGCAACUUUGAUAUCCUAUCAUUGUUAACAUUCCAAAAUUAGAGACCUUGGGAUAAAAGUCCAAUUUUAUACAAGAGGUCUGCUAGUCAAUCUGGAGCACAUAUCAUUUUUGGAUAGCAAACCUACCAUACAGUUAUUUUUUUUUUAACUGUCAUUUAUUUUUUUAUCAUCCCACUGGGUCAAAACUUAUCAUGAGAUUCCGAAUCUACAAGAGGAAAGUGGUGAUCCUGACUCUGGUGGUCGUAAUCUGUGGAUUUGCCGUUUGGAGCAGUGGGAAACAGAAAAGAGGAAGUCCUGUUUUUCCCAAGGAAGUGGAGGCUGUUAAGAAGAGCAGCAGCAGUAGUCUGGCGCAGGUCACGGCGUCAGUAACCCGGAAACCAGUCAAUGACACGCUUCCAGAAAAACAAGUUCUACCCAAGCCUGUGACUGAUAAUACCACUCUGGUGUACCGAGGGAUUGUGUUCCAAAUCAACUUUGACCAGACCUUGAGGAAUGAAGAGAAGUUCAGGUCCAUACGACAGAAGGAUGACCUCGUAGUAGUAGUUCAGGUUCACAAUCGACCAGAUUACCUGAGGCUGCUUGUAGAAAGCUUGAGAAAAGCGAAAGGCAUUGAGAAUGUCCUACUUAUCUUCAGCCAUGAUUUCUGGUCCCCAGAGAUCAACGACAUAAUUUCGUCCAUUGACUUCUGCCUUGUCCUUCAGAUAUUCUUUCCUUUUAGCAUUCAACUGUAUCCUCAAGAGUUUCCAGGGAAUGACCCUAGAGACUGUCCCAGAGACAUUUCCAAGAAAGACGCCUUAAAACUCGGCUGCAUAAAUGCAGAAUACCCUGACUCUUUUGGCCAUUACCGCGAGGCCAAAUUUUCCCAAACCAAACACCACUGGUGGUGGAAAUUGCAUUUUGUGUGGGACAGGGUUCGUGUGCUGAAGGAUCACAAAGGAUUGGUGCUUCUUAUCGAGGAGGACCACUACUUAGUCCAAGACUUCUACCAUCUUCUCAAGCUGAUGACAUCUCUAAAGAAGGAGCAGUGUGCUGACUGUGACAUUAUUUCGCUAGGGAGCUACGGGCACAUCGGCUAUUCCAGCAAAGCCAACCGUGUGGAGGUGAAGGCCUGGAAAUCCACAGAGCACAACAUGGGCAUGGCCAUGGACAGGGAGACAUACCAAAAACUCAUCAAGUGCACAGAAACAUUCUGCACCUAUGACGACUACAACUGGGACUGGUCCCUUCAGCACCUAACUGUGAACUGUCUGCCCACUUUCUGGAAGGUCAUGGUCAGUGAAGCUCCCCGUAUAUUUCAUGUUGGGGAUUGUGGCAUGCACCAUAAGAAGGCCUCUUGUAUGCCCAAUAAUCAGAAGAGAAGGAUAGAAAGCAUACUUCAGAGCAGCUCAAACCAGCUGUUCCCAAAAAAUUUGCUCAUCACAAAGAGACUUCCUGCACCUGGGGCUGGUGGAAUAGCCCCUCAUGUUAAAAAUGGAGGAUGGGGUGAUAUCAGGGACCAUGAACUCUGUAAGAGCUAUCUUCGGUUACAGUGACCUUAUAUCAUAUUUUGUUUGUUGGUUUGUUUUUCUUUUUCUUUUGCAUCCUCUAAUGAAAGCCUUUACAAAUUCUUAAUGGACUAUUUCUUUAUAUUGCCUGUUUUGUUGAAAUAUUCCAAAUAAAAAGGUAUAUGGGA